AUGCGUGCAAGUUCUAUUGAUAUUUAUCCGGAUGCAACAUGGUCAAAGAAUGGUAUCACUGUUGCUGGAGGAAAUGGACAUGGCAGUGGAACCAAUCAACUCUAUUCCCCACAUAGUUUGUACGUCGACGAUGGUCUAACAAUUUAUGUCGCCGAUUGGGGAAAUCAUCGUAUUGUGGAAUGGAAAUCUGGUGCAACGAAUGGAAAAGUAGUUGCUGGUGCAAAUGGACAAGGAAAUGGAGCUAAUCAAUUAUAUGGCCCACGAGAUGUGAUUAUCGACAAAGAGAGCGAUAGUCUCAUCGUCUCCGAUUACUAUAAUAAAAGAGUAGUUCGAUGGCCUCGUCGAAAUGGUACUCGUGGAGAAACAAUUAUUUCAAAUAUCUAUUGCGUCGGCUUGACAAUGGACGACAAUGGUUCUCUCUAUGUCGUUGACAAUGGAAAAAACGAAGUGAGACGAUAUAAAAUUGGUGAUACUAAAGGAACAGUGGUUGCAGGUGGCAAUGGACAAGGAAAUGGUCUCGAUCAACUCUUUGAACCGCACAACGUAUUUGUCGAUCGAGAACAGUCAGUUUAUGUGUCUGAUUGUGGAAAUCAUCGUGUCAUGAAAUGGGAAGAAGGUGCAAAACAAGGCAUUGUCGUAGCGGGUGGUCAAGGAAAUAGUCUUACACAAUUGUCUUAUCCUCAUGGAGUCGUUGCCGAUCAAUUGGGUACUGUGUAUGUGGCUGAUGGUGGUAAUAAUCGAAUCGUGCGUUGGCCAAAAGGAGCCACACAAGGAAGUGUCAUUAUUGGUGGAAACGGUGGAGAAGCACAGUCGAAUCAAAUCUAUAAUCCCAUAGGUUUAUCAUUUGAUCGACAUGGUAAUCUCUAUGUCGUCGAAUGGGGAAAUAAUCGAGUACAAAAAUUUAAUAUCGCAUAA